GGCUCCCAUUUGCGGCUAGAAGAUGACAGGCCUAUCCUCGGCCACGCCAGCUCCGAAGUCUGUCCCAAGACGAGAGGUGUCUUGCGGAGGCUAUCGAUGGAGAAAGUGAGUUUUGUUAGGCCAGUGGGUGAGAAUCUUGCGGAAGCAGCUGCAAAGCAAGGGCGAAAGCAAGAACAGAAUCUUCAAGAGACCUUCGAGAUGAGCAAGCAAAUCAGCGCUAUCCGCGGUCGUGACCUGCUCUGGUGUGUUGAGUUUCUCGAGAAUACGGAUUCGAGGACAUGGUGUUUGGGCCUUAGGUACAGCUUGCCGCUUUGGAUACUGUAUCUCCGGGAGCUGGAACAAGUGACAGGCUAAGAGGAGAUCAUGUGCCCAUUGCUUCUCACACGGUUUCAGACGAGAA